GAGCCUUGUUGUACAGAUCGAGUGCAAUCGGUUUCCGCGACACUACUUUUCUUUACAGAUGAUCUGAAGUCCGAGCGCAGAGCUUAGCUAGCUAGGGCCUAGGGUUCUUUACUGAAAAAACGUGGAGUUUUGGUGGUUUUCCCCUUUCGUCUUGGAGUGAGUGUAGGCGAGAUGGAGAAUGAGGACGCAAAACUGAAUCCAGCUGCAAAUCAGCUGCCGGAGGCGGAUUCAUUACCCGACGGCUUCGUGGAUAGCUCCGGCGCUGACUCGUUGGCGCCGGAAACACCCACCCCCGACCAGGAAAAGCCACUCGCCCCGGAGGAUAAAUUAGAGGAGCCUGAGGUGAGGCCCGUGCUCAUCGUAAAUGAUAACCAUUUUGCCCUCCCUGCAGUAAGUGGCUGCCGAGAAACGGCGGCGGAGGAGGAACAAGCUAAAGUACAGAGCUUGAGCUUGGAAAAUUCAACUGUAGAAGGCUCAGAUCAACAGACACUGACCACUAAUGAGGCGCCAUCACUCGAUAGUUCAGAGAACAGGAAAACAGAAGCCUCUGAUGUAAAACGGAAGAAUGUAAAACGUACAUUUAAAUCUGAGAAGGAGUUUUUGGAGUUCACACUAAAGUAUCAACAAGUUCUUGCUGAAAGAGAUUCAGCUAUUGCUGUUCGGGAUAAACUAGAGUCACUGUGCCGGGAGUUACAGCGGCAAAACAAAAUUUUGAUGGAUGAAUGCAAAAAAGUGUCAACAGAGGGUCAAAACUUGAGAUUGGAUCUAUCAAACAGAUUUCAGGAAGCCAUCAAGGAAGUGAGCAACAAGCUGGAAGAACAAAAGGAUGAAUGCCUGUCACAGCUCAAGGAAAACGAGAUGUUAAAGAUCAAGCUGAAACAAGUCGUCGAUCAAUAUGCUCUUACCGAGCAACAAUAUGCUCAAAAGUUAAAGCAAAAGGAUCUUGAACUUCAGAUAGCUGAAUUGAAAAUUAAGCAACAUGAAGAAAAAUUAGUGCAGGGACAGUCCCAGAUGAAAUUGUAUGCAGAACAGGUUUCCCAGUUAUUGACAACUGAAAAAAGUUUGCGGUUACAAUUGACAGCUGAUGGAGAGAAGUUCCAGCAAUUCCAGGAGGCACUGCUGAAGAGCAAUGAAGUAUUUGAAACAUUUAAGCAAGAAAUUGAAAAGAUGGGGAAAUCCUUAAAAGAACUCAAAAAGGAGAAUACUUUCUUGAAGAGCAAAUGCGAUAAAUCAGAUAUGACUCUAAUAGAGUUGGUUGAAGAGCGCGAACACUUGAAGAUGCAACUGGAGAAAACGAGGAACCAGAAGGAGAGACUGGAGUCGUUGUGCAGGUCUCUUCAAGCAGAGCUGAAGGCAAAACCAGCUGCAAGUAGAAACUUGGAUCCACCUCAAGCUUGAAUAGUAUUAUUGAUUUGUAUUGCUCUAAAUAUCUUUGCAAUUAACCCAAGUGUUUCUUGGGGGUGGGGUGGGGGUGUUCACUAUCAGCUAAUUUGUACACCAAUGUUUCUUAUGAUUUUCAAGAUUCUUUUAUAUGUUUGCUCUGUUUGGCAAAACCUUAGAUGAAUGGUAUUUCUAACUUAUUUGCUUGGAGUA